AUGAUUCGGUUGUCAGUGUACGCGUUCGUUUGCAUUAUUUUUGUGCAAUGUGUGAUGUGCGGUGAUGUCUGGGUUGUUAAAGCCCCGCAAGGCUUCGUUUUCGACUCCACUAUACCAAUGAAGCAGAAUGAUGUUUCAUCUGUUCUCUUCCGCAUGUUUGGCAUUACCGAAACCUCCGAUUGCACAUGGCCGGGUCUUCUGCAGAAGAAUCCGUUUUCGUCCACCAAGAGGGUGAUAGUGGUUGCAGUUCCGACCUCGGUUCCGAUUACACAAAAGUUCCAAGUUCCGGCGAAUUCCUUGAACUCAUCCCUGGCUCCAGUGUCACACUUCAUGGACGAACUGAGUGCCCUCAACGAGCUGCCAAGCAUUCUUGAAAACUCCAUCACACCUGCAAAGGCCUUAGUUUUCGAAUUUGAUUCCCUGGAUGCUGUUGGUCGGAAGGAAGACGUCGCUGAAGCUCGUCGACUCAUUGGCACAGUGUUGGCGAAAAUUGCGGACGAUUCAGAUGCCUCUGUUCUCGCUGUUUGUUACACUCCGUCACAGAAGACCAGAAGCAAGCGUCAAGCUGAGCCUGGAGCAACUGCAGCUGAUGACAUGGAUUAUGUUGUACCUUUUAAUCUGGUGCUCUGGCUUUCACUUGCGUUGUUCCUCAUCACUCUCGCAGUUUGCAUUGGAAUUGGGUCGAUGGAUCCUGGCUGGGACUCUAUCAUCUACAGGAUGACAAACCCACGAAUGAAGAAGGACAAUUAGUUUGGGAGCAGCAUCUUCUUACUUAAGUUUGCAGACAUUUGCUAGUCAUAUUGUCACAUCUACGUGUCUAAAUAGGAGCUGAAUAAAUCUCUGUGCAGAAAUCCGUUUUGUGCAUGGGAAGUGUGGGAUGUAUAGGAGUGAAAGGAGCCCGGCGUCCUGUCCGGCUAAGAUGAUCCAUGAAGUGCAAUGUUACAUUCCUUUGUUUGAAUGUACGACUGAUGUUUCCAAGUGUUGAAAAUGGCUAUAAUAAAACUUCCACCCGCAAAUUCUGAACGAACAAAA